GAUUAAAACUCAAACAGUCACAAUAUUCUUGCCUAUAUUAUACGUCUUCCAAUGAAUAAAGUUUUUAUUUUCGAUUUGUCUUUGACGAUGUCAAAAUUGCCCAUCAAUUGAGGUCAAUUGGUGGCAGCCAUUCAAAUUAUUUAAAUAAGAAAUAUAAAUUACAAGGGAUCCAAGAAAACGUCUUAUUGUUAUUCUCUUUAUUGUUCAUUAGGGGCACAUUUAAAUAGCUGAAAGUAAUAAAAAACAUGAGUGAGCAAAGCAAGCCUACUUUGAGAAUAGACUGGUUUGAUGGUACCCUUAUAGAAGAUAAUCGUCAAAUUACUGAAGCUAGUGCUUCAGGAUUUGCAGACGAAGAGCAGGCACAACCUGAGACAUCUACAAAACCACAAUUUACAGAGAAGAAACCAAUUGGCUUUAAAAGGCUUCUUGACAUAUCAUCUCUUGAACCCCCAGUUUUAACAUUGGAAGUAUCACACAGACCUGGCUUCUGGAAUCUUCUGGACAUAGAAUUAAAAGGAGACUUUAUAGUACUAAUAGUCAAAGUAUUAGCUCGUAUUUAUAAAUCAUUAGAGCCAAAUGAAAAAUCAAGAAUUGCAUCCCAGCUGAGGUCUAGAUUUGAGAAGUCAAACUUUUUGGUUACAUUAAAAAAAUACCUGGCUGGUUUGCCAUCUGUUAGAAUUGUAGAGAAAAAAAUUAAUUUUCAAUUAUGGAAUGAUACUGAAUUAUUUUUUAGUGAUGUUGUAUCACUAUGUGAGGGCAUAAUACAUUUUGGUGAUCAUACUAUAGAGUACUUAAAAGAAAUUUUUGAAUUGCUAGAAAUAACAGAUGAAAGUGCUGUUGGUGUUAAAGAAGAACAUACAGAGACAUUUAGCGAUGCAUUAUUUAAUAGAAUAGAUCAGUUAAAAUUAAAAAUAUCAGAAAUGAUUAGUGAGGAUCCAAGUGAACAAGUCUUAUUUGAUGAUGAAACACCAGAUAAUAAAUGUGAUGACCCAUACAACUAUAAAAAUCUUCAUAUUUUUCCUAAAAGAGAAGAUUUAUUGGGCACAAAUAAAUUGAACAUACAGCCAAAUAUUAUAAAUGGCGCUUAUACCAGUGUGCAACAUUACCUAGAUUUACAGUUCAAAUUACUAAGAGAAGAUUAUUUUGGCACAUUGAGAGAUGGAAUAUGCAAAUAUAUGGAGAACCCAUCAAAAAGAAGACAUGAAAACAUUAGAGUAUACCCAAAAGUCCGUAUUAUUCGCACAUAUGUCAGUAACAAUAGAGUGGGACACCUUAUUGAUAUUGCAUGGAAGGAACGCACAUCUUAUGGUAUGAUUGAUAGUAAGAAAUUGGCAUACAAUAGGCAACUUAUGUUUGGAUCUCUGUUACUAUUCACUAGUGAUAAUUUUGAGAAUAUUUUGUGUGCUACUGUUCUUGAUUCAGGGAUGAAUCUAUUGUCUGAUGGUUAUGUGGCAGUUUCAUUUCAGAGUCCAGUGUCAAAGAAAAUCUUCACUGAACCUUACCUUAUGGUAGAAAGUGAAGUAUUCUUUGAGCCCUACCAUAGAGUUCUCAAAGUGUUACAGAAUUCUCGUGUUGAUGGUUUGCCAAUGCGCAAAUACAUAGUUGAUGUUCAGACUGAAACGCAAGCACCUUCAUAUCUAAAUUCAGAAACACUAUACACUGUCACACAAGCGAACAAAUUGGAAGAAAUAUCUUUCCCAGUAUUGGACUUGGCUCAAUGGCCUACAGACAACUUACUGGGUCUUGAUAACUCCCAAUAUGAGGCUUAUAAAUUUGCGCUAACAAGAGAAUUUGCCGUCAUUCAAGGCCCUCCAGGAACAGGAAAAACAUUCAUAGGAGUCAAAAUCGCUACAACUCUACUAAAAAAUUUGUCUCUAUCAGGUACUCCUAUGUUGAUAAUUUGUUAUACGAAUCACGCCCUUGAUCAAUUCUUAGAGGGUAUUUUGGAGGUCACCAAGAACAUAAUUAGACUUGGAAGUCAGAGUAAAAGUAAAAUAUUAGAGCCAUAUACACUAAAUAAUAUGAGAAUGCAAAUGAAGUCAAAAUACUCAUAUUUAUAUGGAAGCAAGAGGGCGGAAUUAGAGAAGAUCUUCAAAGAGAUGACUGAUUUGCAAAGUGAGAUUGAGAAAUGCGAGAAAGAGAUUCUGACUUAUAAAACGAUUAAACCAUAUCUCAAAAUUGGGGAUAAAACAUAUGAAUUGGAAGAUUCUAAAGAAGAUCCUAUAUUGAAUUGGCUUUUUGAUGACACAAAAAGGGAAAAAGUAAAUACAGAAGAAUUGGAAGACUGGGAGAAACAGUUUGACGAUCUAAGUCUUGAUAAUGAAAAAAUAGAAACGUGUUUUAGUGAAGAAUCGGCUUUGAGGGAAAUAGAUUCUAUGUUGAAUAAUAUAAAGUAUAUAAAAGAUAUAACAGAUGAUCGUUUAGAACGACAAAAGAUGACAGACAAAUUUCAGAUACAAAUAAAUACAAUUAGGCAAAGGUUAAAUUGUUUUAAACAGAAUAUGUCGAACUCGACAAAUGUUACAAAUUUAGAAGACAAUCUGACAAAUGUAACAGAUCUGUACAAUUUGAAUCUGGAACAAAGAUGGAGGGUCUACAACAAUUCAGUAGCAUCUAUCAAAAGCAAGUUGAUGACCAAAAUGAAUACUCUACUGGAACAACACAAUAAAUGCAGUGACGAGUUGAACGAAGUGGCAACACUUAUUGACGGGGAAGUGAUGAAAUCAGUGAGGGUAGUCGGCGUUACCACUACCACGGCAGCGCGGCGACACGAUCUGAUGAAGAAGCUGCUCUCGCCUAUAGUGAUAGUAGAGGAAGCUGCGGAAGUCCUAGAGGCUCAUAUAGUGGCAUCACUAACACACCACUGUCAACAUCUCAUACUAAUAGGGGACCAUAAACAACUGAGACCAACAGCAGCCCACUACAAACUGGCCAAAGACUACAAUCUAGAAAUAUCCCUCUUCGAGCGUAUGAUACGCAACGGUGUACACGCGCGAACUCUUACCACCCAACGUCGGAUGCGACCAACCUUCGCAGAACUACUUGUCCCGAUAUUAUACGACCGAUUGGACAGUCACCCUAGUGUAUACAGUUACACUAAUGUGAGGGGAAUGGCGGACAACUUGUACUUUUUGGAUCAUGACGUUUAUGAAGAUUCUGAGGGUUUGGAAGACAGUUGGAGCCACAGGAACACAUAUGAAGCUGAAUGGUGCGUGGCUCUGGCCAACUAUCUUCGUUCUAUGAAAUACAAGCCUGAAGAAAUAACGAUAUUGUCUACAUACACUGGACAAGUUUCCCUUAUAAGGGAGUUGAGUAAAAAGUACAGUACCCUUCGAGAUGUGAAAGUCACACCAGUAGACAACUAUCAAGGCGAAGAGAACAGGAUCAUCCUGCUCUCGCUGGUAAGGAGUAACAGAGACGGCAAGAUAGGCUUCCUGACGGCUGCCAACAGGAUAUGUGUAGCAUUGUCGAGAGCUAAGGAAGGAUUCUACAUAUUCGGUAACAUGAACACUCUCAAAUCAGCAAGCAAUAUAUGGAGAUUCAUAAAUGACAAGUUAAGAGCUCAAAAAUCAAUAGGAAACAAAUUGAUAAUACAAUGUGACAGCCAUAAGAGACAAAUUGAGGUCACGUGUCCAAAUGAUUUCGAUAAUCACCUAUCGUGCACGUGUUUGAGGAUUUGCGAGAAGAAAUAAAACGCAAUAUAAAAGUGAUAAUAUAAUUAUCGCGUGAUAUUAAAUUAUGUUUUUUUAACAAUCUUAUAUUGUAUAAUUCUGAAUAAUAAUAUAUUAUAGUGCAUUUAAAAAUCAAUGCCUUUUGUUUUUUUUUAGCGUGCAAUGUUAAAUGCAUUGUCCACGGAGCUACAAUUCAUUUAAAAAUGGAACGAACAUCUGGCAAUUAGGUAAAGAAUGUAAAGUACGUCAUUAUACACUAUUACAUAGCAUUCUCAUACGUCACAAAAUGCUAAAGGUCAUCUAGGUACAAAAAAUCUUAAGUUGAGUACGUAAGUAAAUUUGUUUUUCGACUACAGAAUUUUAACGUAUGACAUAUGGGAUAACAUAUGACAAAUGAUAUCAUCGAUUUUUAUAUUUCUAUUAACCUUUUAACGGCCUCAGUUGGAUUUAUGUGACAGGAAACGCACUGCAACUGUUACAAACUAUUUUGUAGUUUAUAUUAUACUCGUAUUUUUUAUGAUUCUUUUUUUUUUUUUUAAAUAAAAUGUUAAUUAAAUUUUAACAUGAGUAGGCGUUUUAUUU